AGGGGCUGUGCUGAGCAGUGUGGGACCUUCAGGCACCUGGUGUUUGACUUGUCUCUGUAGAUGCUGUGACCAUGGCAUCCCAAGGCCAGGUCCUUUUCUGGAGCAUGACAACAGUCAUUGUCCUCCUGGCUGCAGUGAUUGCCCUGAUCAUUGGUUUUGGUGUCUCAGGAAAACACUCCGUCAAUGUGAUGACACGGACGUCUCCAGGGAACAUUGGCCAGCGCAGCGUCCUGGGCUGCACUUUCCAGCCCGACAUCCAGAUGGACAGCAUAGCAAUCCAGUGGGCCAAGGAGGGGUUAGCUGGGCUGGUUCAUGAGUUUAAGGGUGGGAAGGACCACCUGCAAGAGCAGGAUCUGUCAUUUCAGGGCCGCACGGCCGUGUUUGCAGACCAGGUGAUCGGCGGCAAUGCUUCACUGGAGCUGAGGGAUGUGUAGCUCUCCGAUGCUGGCACCUACCAGUGCUCUGUCACCACAGCCAGAGGGAGUGGGGCAGCGGUGCUGCACUACAGGACAGGAGCCUUCAGCAUCCCUGUGGUGCAGGUGGAGAACAGCAGCCAUGGGGACACACUGCAAUGCAAAGCCCCACGCUGGUUCCCUCGCCCUGCCCUGCACUGGACGGCCUACGGUGACACUGGGCAGCACCUGCCCCACGCUGCCAACACCAGCUACCAGCUGAACCCCGAAAACAUCACUGUGAAGGUGGUUUCCCUCCUGCACAACAUCACUGCUAAUGCCACCUACACAUGUGUGAUUGAAAACAGCAUUGCCAAGGCUGUGGUCAACAUCAGAGUGACAGAUCUCAGCACUACAAAGGUGACCAACUUGCAGCUGGUGAACCUGAAUGCAGAGUCAGUGUCAUCAUCCUUUCCAGCCUGUCGCUGGAUGCUUCUGCUUCCCUUGUACCUGCUGUCAAUAUAAAGCCUCUGUAAAGGAAUUGGAAACUCUGCUGGAC